UCUAUAAAUAGACAUCAAUUGGAGCUCAAGCUCUUCACAGCAAAGCCUUUAACUCGAUCACUGCAUGCACAAUUAAGCUUCUUUGACACAAAUCGCAUAAUUCCUGCAAGUACCUCCAUCUGUAACAUUAAUGGAGACCGUAAGGAGGUUGGUGGGUGAGUACCCAGUGGUGAUCUUCAGCAAUAGGAGCUCUUCUUGCCUGAGCUUGACCGUCAAGUCAGUAAUAGGUAGCUUUGGAGCAAACCCUAAAGUUUACGAGCUGGAUCAGGUACCAGAUGGCCCGCAAAUUCAGAGGGCGCUGCAGCAGCUAGGAUGUCAAGAAAACGUACCAGCUGUGUUCAUAGGGCAGAGGUUAAUUGGUGGUAGCAAAGAGGUCAACAGUCUACUUCUUAGGAAUGAGCUGGAGCCAUUACUCAGAGAGGCCAGAGCGAUAUGGGUCUGAUCAUCAAGUAAUAUUUAUAUAUAUAAAUAUAUAUAUAUAUAUAUUAAUGAUCAUCUAGAUCAUGCAUGUACUACUGAUCAAUAUUUUUGCUACUUUAUUAAUUACUAACUAAUCAUGAUAAGGCUCGAAUAAACCUUUUUUGUACGCCCGUGAUAUAUAAUAUAUAUAGUUUGGACAUUAUGAGA